GUGGAAAUAUUGAAUGUUAGUCAUAGAGUCUAGUACUUUGUCAACAACGGAGGAAGUACAUUCAUUAAAGUGAAAAAUUUAUUGAUUCGGUUUUUUUUCGGAAUUAGCAGACAAAUAUUUGCUAUUUUGCUGGCGAGUGAAUUAGAGUGAAGACACGAGGCUAGGGCCAGACGGUAAAAUCAUCGUGAAUCGGGAUUUUCCAUUUGAUAUAAAGUCUAGAUUAGAUUCAGGGUGAAAAAUCGAAAAUUGCAAUGUCAACAAGUGUGUGGAUUGUUGUUUUGAUUUUGAUUUCGAAAUAUAAUGCAGCUGCCACUAACACAUCCUUGCCCGAAGAGCAAGAAGGGUACAAAGGGGACGAAGACUACGACGAACAAGGACUCAGCGAUUAUGAGCUCCUUCUCGAAUUGCAACGAGAAAUUCAACGUCUCCCCCUAAAAUCACUACGAAAUCAACAAGAAAUCUUUCAACUACGUAAUCGACUUUUCAAACCAACUGAAGAAAUAGCUUCGAAAAUGGCUUCCCUUUCACUAAAAGCGAUCGACAAUGAAGUGCUCAAACGUCAGCUCUUGAAUGUUAAAAAUUCCAUUUUACUAUUGAACGAGACGGUUAUGAAUAAAUUUCAGAAUAUUUCCAGCAGUAUAUCCGCCAUACAACGACAGAAUACAAUUUGCAUGUAUAAGAAUAAAACUGAUUGUAGUUUGGCAUACGUUCCGCACGUUCAGGAUAUUCUACGUGAAAAUGACGAACAGGAUGCUCUUACGUAUUACUGGCAGGCAUGGAAUGGGAAUCAUUCAGAACAUAUUAGACACCUAUUCAACGAGUGGUUGGAAAUCGUUAGAAAUUUAUUGGAUUCCUACCUAAAACCCUCGGAACCGCAACCCAUAUCCUUAAUUCGGUAUCACCAAUACGAGGAUACGAACUUUCUAAGCAAAUUAGAAAAGGAAGUGUUGAAAGUCCAACCACUUUAUCAAGCGCUACAUGCAUAUUUGCGGACAAUAAUGCGGUUCCUAUUUGAGAGCAAUUCAAUCCAGCCCAGGUCCUCUCUACCCAUUCAUUUACUUCCUUAUGUAAUUCGUCAUAUUGAAGUAAAGAAUCCUUUUACCAACGAAAUCAACGCUGCUUUCCGAGACUUCGAUCUGGCAGGAAUGAAAAGAAAAAGAAUCCUGGGAACAUUUUUAACUGAUUUGGAAGGUGAAGUUGAAAGAUUACUCUCGGAUAAAACCACGCAGACUAAAGACUGUUUGGUGGAUCAAUAUUCCACCAAAGAGCGGGAAACAUACUCACAAUUAUAUAAGGACCUUUUCCGCAAGCAAUAUGAAAAACUUACAUCUUCACGGCCUAUCGGAAUCAACCAGGAGCCGUGUCCUGGAUUUAACGAUGCCAUCUUCAAAGCAAUCGGUUUGGCUAUAAUGAGCCCUCAUCAUCUUCGCAAUGUAGGCGUGAUUAAAGACUAUAAUUACAGUGAUGGCAUGAGGUACUACCAUUUAUUGGAACAUGCGGUACCCGACAUGUUUGACCUGCUUACACACUUUGUCAAUGAAAAAUUCAUAUCAAGCAUCCUCGACAACGAGAUCACAUCCGACGAUUAUACUUGCAAAUAUUGGAAAGUCAUGAAUAAAUUUACAGGAGUGAAAUCGGGGAUUGAUAUUGAAAAUACCUCGGUUCCCUUGCUCUACUCCUCGCAUAGCUGUCUCUGGGACAUGCAAUUCUCUAUGAAAAGGGUGUUCAGUGAAAUUGUCGGAUUUCAAAUUUACAAAGGAUUAUGCCUGAAAGCAAAUAGUACGGACCCAUGGCAGGAUUGCGAUUUCAUGGACAAUGAGGAGGCAGUUGGUGUGUUGAGGGAGGCUCUGAGCCUCGGUGCAGCAAAAUCAUGGAAAUAUGCCUUGAAAUUACUCACGGGGCAGGAGGAUAUUGAUAUUCAUCCGUUUUUGGAAUAUUAUCAGCCGUUAAUGAUACUAAUAGAAGACAAGAACAAAGAGAGUGGCGCUACUGUGGGAUGGAGUGAAGAUAUUGAAGAUUGUUGAUUAUUGCAAAACAUCUUGUACCUUAUUCUAGAUAUUCAUUGAUUCCUUCCUUCCCACGUGUUAAGCCUAAGAUCCUCCGGUUGUUUAUACAUGCUGUCCCUACCGUGCCUAAUAAAAGUGUAGAGUUCCCUUUAUUACCCCUAGUUCCCCUAGAAAAAUUAUUUUUUACCUCGGAUAUAACUUACCUCACGACGCAAAUUUUCAGCUCCCAGAAAAACCUUACUUUCUCGCUAUUCUAGUGUAGAUAGAUAGCCCUAGAUAGUAAGAGCUCUUAACGAGUAUCUGUUAUCUGGUACUGAAAAAGCUCCAAAUUGAAAAAUAUAUUGCAAACUGCU